AUGAAUAGUGAAACUUCUGAUACUACAUUAUCCUCCCGGAUUGCGUCGCUGGUGCAUGCUCACUUCAAUGCUCUACCUACGCGUAGCAAACCAUCCAUUUUUUCGGAUGGAUCGAGGGAAUGGAUUCCUAUGACUGGCAUUGUAGCUGUUAAAGGAGAGAACACACCUUUGGAAACUCUUACCUGCCUCACUGUUACGAGUGGUGCAAAAUGCCUGUCGGCGUCACAUAUCCCACGCUGCAAUGGCCUGGUCCUGCAUGAUUGUCAUGCCGAGAUCCUGGCUAUACGAGCUUUCAAUUACUGGCUUCUUACCGAAUGCAAAGGUCUCUUGUUUCAGGAACAGCAGUCAGCCUACGAUGCUCUUAAUCCCGAUGAUACAGAGCCUCCUGGCUCAUCAUUCAUACGAAGAAGAAGCACAGAGCAUGGAGAGGAUGGCCGCAAGCCACACCCCGAGUGGCCACCAUUCGAAAUUCAGCCGGAUAUAAAAAUAUAUAUGUAUUGUACAUGUGCUCCUUGUGGCGAUGGGAGUAUGGAGCUCUGCAUGGCAGCCCAAGAAGAUGCAACGCCUUGGGAAGUUCCACAACAAACCCAGAACGGCCAUGAUACCGAGGAUACACCGAAUGGAGAGAUGUUCCUCGAUGGUCGUGCUCACUUUUCUUUGCUUGGGAUAGUUCGUCGGAAACCAUCACGUACAGAUGCUGAAUCGACCCGCAGCAAGUCUUGUUCAGACAAACUCGCACUUCGUCAAGUGUCUUCCUUGCUCUCUUCUGAGACCAGCCGCCUUGUGGCUCCCACCAAGAAUGUAUAUAUCGCUGGACUAGUUCUUCCCGAAGAAGAGAUCAGCCGGGUGGCUUGUGAACGCUCUUUUGGUGCGAAUGGUCGAAUGAAAGGUCUGGCAGGGCGAUCUUGGCCAGAGAAGAUCGACCAUGACAAAGAAACAGGAUAUCAAUUCCGACCAUUUCAAAUUCUCUCGGUACCAAGCGAAGAGGUAGCAGCACUGUGGUGCUUCGCGAAGCCGAAACCUGUCACUUCCCCUGCAAUCACUCCGCAAAAGGAGGACACUCCGCAAACUCAAAGUGCCAGAAAGAGCAAGCCAGGAAACGCAAGCGCUGUAUGGACGCUAGCUCCAACAUACUGUGAUCCGUCAGAAAUUAUGACGGAGAAAGGCAGCAAGGCACUUCCCACUCUCCGUCGUUCAAAGACUGGCCUGUACGAGACUGUCAUCAACGGGGUGAAGCAAGGGAAUCGUGCAUCUGCACCUGGCGCAAGAGGAGCCUCAGCGUUAUCGCGGGCUAAAAUGUGGGCUCUUUUCCGCAACAUAUCUUUCGGUCCAACAUCUGCUCAAGUUGGUGAUGUCUCUGCGGUGGUUCCAGAGACACCAGAGGCUCAAAAGCCACAGGAGAGUACCUAUAUGAAAUUCAAAGAACCUCACGGCAAGAAAGACCCAUUGAGUAUCCGUAUGCAGGCCAUGCGUGAUGCUCAACAGGUUCUGAAAGGAUGGAUGCCGAAUUCUGGAGACGAAGGCUGGGGCUUGGAUGUCUUGGUCGAUUCCAAAAAAGAAAGCGUUGAUAAGAAAGAUAGCCCAUCUGAGAUCAUUAGUCGAGGAUGA